AUGGUUCCCCAAGUCAAGCAGGAUCCGGAUGCCGCCACGCCGUACAUCAAGACGGACCCCGACGACAAAGACGCGGUGCUUGCUGAUAUCGAUGAUGAAGACCUUUACGAAGAUGCCGGAGACCUUGAUUUUUCCAGCGCUGGUCAGAAUGUGUGGCUCUCGCGUCUUCCGCGGUCGUUGUGGGAGUACUGGUCCAAACUUGACGACGACGAAGAGAUUCAGAUUGGAACGGUUCGCAUCGAGGGGCCUCCAAACGACAUAAAACGAGUCAGCUUGCGAAUCAACGAACGAGAAGAUAACCAGGACCUUCCGAAGGACUAUCUCCUCCAGCGCCAAACCAUCAACAACGAAAACAUCUCCCAUUCUACACAGAACACAUACGUCUUUACUGAAAAGGACAUCCCCGGUCACGAAAACCGAAUGGUCGUCUUUGGCGAGGCGCGGUCGGCGCUUUAUGAAUCGAUGAAGCGCGAUGCGCGGAAGAGGGAGCGCAAGAAGAAAUGGGAGCCGUAUGUGCGGAAAACCGUACCCAAACAAACGGCUCUUGUCGGGAGUGUCAGUGAGGAAUUCAACUGUCUGCCAGUCGAAAACGAGGAAUUCCAACGGCUAUCGGAGAAGAAGGCGCUGGAGGCAUUGAAACCAAAGCGGGAAACCGUCUUCAUCGACAAAGUGCCGGGCAAGUUGCUCCAGCCGAGGAACGCGCUGCCAGGAGAAAAGAGCGCUUUCGUGGUGCGUACCUUUCCUUUCUCUUCUGCUUAUUUUCGUAUCAGUAUGACUUACACCAUCCAGCAAGCAACGAAACCUCCCAAGCUCAAGCCCCAAGAGAACAAGACAACCCGUAUGCCGCAGAACGAGCUUCUGGAUCUCAUCUACCAGUGCUUCCGCGAAUACAAAUACUGGCCUUUUAAGACUCUUAGGGCGCGUUUGCGGCAACCCGAAGCGUAUCUUAAGCAGACGUUGGAGAUGGUUGCGCAUCUGGUCAAGUCCGGCGAUUUUGCCAUGACAUGGGAGCUCAAGCCUGAAGCCAAGGAAAGUAGCUAUUCGAACACGCUCGCGUACGGUGAUGCGAAAGAGGAGCUGCCUCCCGGCAUGGACUACAACUUUGACGAGGGUUCCGAGGAGGAUGCCACGCCGUCUGCCAUGAUGACUGAUAAUGAUGAAGGGCAGUUUGAGAAUGUGGUCUAA